UUCCUUAUCUUCCCCACGCAGGUGCAGAUGGCGGCUGCGGUUCCUCCCACACAGAGCCUGCGACUGGAGAAUGCAUCCAUCCUAUCCGAGGGGGCCCUUCAGGAUGGGCAUCGCCUUUGGAUUGGAAACCUCGACCCCAAGAUUACAGAGUACCACCUCCUCAAGCUCCUUCAGAAGUUUGGCAAGGUGAAGCAGUUUGACUUCCUGUUCCACAAGUCGGGUGCGCUGGAAGGGCAGCCCAGGGGCUACUGCUUUGUGAAUUUUGAGACCAAGCAGGAAGCCGAGCAAGCCAUCCAGUGCCUCAAUGGUAAACUGGCUCUCUCCAAGAAGCUGGUGGUGCGGUGGGCCCACGCGCAGGUCAAGAGAUACGAUCAGAAUAAGAACGAAAAGAUCCUUCCCAUCAGCCUGGAACCGUCAUCCAGCACCGAGCCGGCCCAGUCCAAUCUAAGCGUCAGCACGAAAAUCAAAGCCAUCGAGGCCAAGCUCAAAAUGAUGGCAGAGAACCCGGAUGCUGAGCUUCCCCAGGCGGCGCCUUACGCGUACUUCAAGCCCCCAGACAAAAAACGGACUGCCCCUUAUUCCCGGGCGGUGUGGAAGUCGAAGAGGUGAUCCUGUGGCCCGGGCGGCAUCUACCAUCCUCUUCUAUUUGUGCAUAAAGUUAGCAGGGAGAACAAUGGACGAUAUGGAGUUGGAUGUGGUGGCCUCCUGCACCUCGGCUCUUGCUUCGUCCCACUGGCGCCUGGAAAUGAAUCCUCUCCAGUGGAAAUAAACACGGAUGUUGUUCCCAAACCUGUAAAGAACUUAGCCAGGCUCCAAAAUUUUGUUGUUAUUGUAGUAAAACCCAAAGCAUCAUCGACCCAUGCCAGGGUGGCUACUCUUUUCUCUAAAAGGUGGGUGCGGGUAUGAUUUGACUGUCUAAAAUACUUCUCUCCCUUAGUCCAAAGUCAAAGACUUUAAACGUGGUUAGUUAUCUGUUUAGAACAUGUAUUUGACAAAUGACUAAACAUGAAGUGAACGGCACAAUUUCACCGUCGCACCCCUGUGUCUCUGGGACUUUGUGGGGGGGGGAAGAAACCCUGAAAUGGGAGGGAAGAGAAAAACGUUGCUUGUUUAGCACAGCCGGGAAUGCUCUGGGGCAUAUGUAUCAGUACCUUUUUAAAUAGUUGUACAGGAAUAAAUUUUAUUUAGGCUUUCCAA